UUGCUACACUUGUAGGUGUCUCUUCUCUGGCAUUUCGCUAUCUUCAUUUUUGGGUCUACUGCUCCAUGGAUGACAUAUGCUUACGACAUAUCGAAUGUGCUCAUGUUGUCAGCAGGAUUGUGGGCGACUGUUGAGCGAGAUAAAGCAUCUACAGCGCUUUUUUUCUUUGUGGCAAUUCUUAUCAAUCAGCUACAUGAAAUCGUAUUCUUCGCUUUGUAUUUCGAUAAUACUCAAGGAUAUAGUUCAACAUCAGCAUUAAGAUUUUCUGCAGGGAUGGCAAUCAUCAAUCACAUCACCAAGUAUGUCACCCUAAUAUUCACCUUCCAGCAUUUUGUAGCACGUGGAGGCUCGAUUUCAGACACACUUAGCUCAUUUCGUCAGUAUGAGCCAAUCGAUGGAUCCGUUUCAACUGAUGGCAGUCAUGGUGGUGGAUACCACGACGAAGGUCGCGCUUCGGGAUACAAGCAAUACAGAGACGACUCGCUUCCAUCGUAAUCACAGACAGGAUGUCUAACGAACUGUAUCGACUCUCACUUGAUAUGCUGUGAGAAGCUGCUUUGAAUGGAUUUCUUAGAUACGAUGCUUGCACCUGUGGCAGUCUAGAUAUUCGACUUUGUAAUACAACGUAGUGCUAAUACAAUGUAGUUCUAAUACAGUGUAGUGCUAAUACAAUGUAGUGCUAUUUGUGUGCAAUUGUGAGGAUAUUUAUGUUACUUGUCUUCUCCCACAACAU